UAAAAACUCAGCCCAGUUGGCCGAGGCUCAGCUCCUUCUCCUGUCGUGUGAUGCUGUGGAGUCUGUUGGCCGUGACGGUGGUUUCAGCUGCUGUCCUGUAUGUCCUCUAUCACUGGCUCAUCCCUACAGCUGUGCAGAGCAGCGGCUGGCUGGCACUUCUCUGGCACGAUGUCAUUCAUGAGCGGCUCCUUGACAUCAUGACGGGAACAUCGCGACCUCAGCGCAUGCUGAAAGCCGUUCAGAAGAAUGCUACAAAAGGAGACCCUCAGAGCGUCAUCUCAGCCAUCGACUAUUACUGUCGACACAAAGAAUGGGCCAUGAACGUGGGCGAUGAUAAAGGGCUCAUACUGGAUUCAGUGUUGAUGGAGGUAAACCCCAGCACGGUUCUGGAGCUCGGCACGUACUGCGGCUACUCCACCGUUCGGAUCGCUCGACUGAUGUCCCCUGGCUCCAAACUCAUUACAGUCGAAUUCAACCCAGCCUUUGCUGAAGUUGCUCGUCAAAUCAUCGCCUACGCGGGCCUUCAGGACAAGGUUACUCUAGUGGAGGGAUCCUCUGGUGAUUUAAUCCCCAAGAUGAAGGAACGAUUUGGGAUAAAAUACUUUGAUUUCGUGUUUCUGGACCACUGGAAAGAUAGUUAUGCACCAGAUACUAAACUUCUUGAGGACUGUGGUCUACUGAAAAAAGGCACUGUCCUGUUGGCCGACAAUGUCAUUUGUCCUGGAGCCCCGGAAUACUUGAAAUAUGUGAGGAACAGCCCACGCUAUGAAAGCCGAUACUACAAGUCCAACCUGGAGUACACCAAAGCAGAAGAUGGCCUGGAGAAAUCAGUCUUCUUAGGAUGAGAAAGAAUGAACGAAUAAAAAUGUAAAUCAGGAACGGCCAAGGGAAAAAGAACAUUGACAUU